AAAAGUACUAAAAUUAAAAAAAUCGAUAGGUGGAGCCACGUUGUAUAUGCGGAUCUCCAUUCACCAAUCGCCUUCCUGUCGCCCUCCCGCUCGGCUCGGCGAACGCGAUCUGUUCCCCAACCUCCGCAGCCGCUCCACCGUCCUCCACUCCGGCUGCCGAAUCGACCCGCCCCGAUCCAGAUCAGGAGCUGAGGGAUGGACGCGAACAGGCGCCAGAGUGGGAUCCAGCAGUUGCUGGCUGCGGAGCAGGAGGCUCAGCAAAUUGUGAAUGCCGCUAGAGCUGCCAAGUCAGCGAGGCUCAGGCAAGCAAAAGAGGAGGCUGAGCGGGAAAUAGCCGAAUACCGUGCCCAGAUGGAGGCUGAGUUUCAGAGGAAGGUUGCAGAGGUAUGCACGCCAUGUCCCAUUUUUCCCCACUGGACUACAGGACCUCACUUCUGUGUCUUGGUGACUACAGAGCAGCGGCGACUCCGGUGCAAACGUCAAGCGUCUCGAGGAAGAAACGGCGGCGAAGAUCGAGCAACUCACCCAGCAGGCCGCAAGCAUCUCCCCGGAUGUCAUUCAGAUGCUUCUGCGGCAUGUCACCACCGUCAAGAACUGAGGAGUGCUGUUCCCGAACUAUGCUCGCAGACUUGUACCGUCGAUCUAUUUAUUUUUGUCAAGAGUGAGAGUGGUGAGGAAUAAUAUGCCCGCUUGUAUCCAUAAUUCCUGUUCGUAACUACGGAAUAAGCCGCCGCAGCUUUAGCGGCAAACGUGACUAGUACUGUCAGAACCUACCAUUGUUAUUUGGUACAAUUGGUAAAUAAUAUUGUUUUAAACUGGAUUUUUCGAACAA